UUCAACCAAGUGGAUUCCACUGAGAGCUCCUGGAGCUAGGCCCGGGUCUUUGCUUCAAUAAAUAGAUAAUGAAUUAGUAUUUUCGCUUUUCCGAGGCUGCUUACGGAGCUGGCUCAAGUUGAAUAGACCAGGACUUACAGGUAGCAGGCUCCGGCCACGGCAACAGAACUGUGCAAUGACAGAGCAGUGGACUGAAGGCCAUGUCAGUUUUCUGCCACCUACAGGACAGACAAUGAAGCUGAAAGAACUCCAGCGGCCUGCAGUCCCUGCGUGGAGCCCCGCUAGCCAGCACCCUGUGUGUCUGGCCACAGGAACAUCUGCUCAGCAGCUAGAUGCCUCCUUUAGUACAAAUGGCACACUGGAAAUCUUUGAGGUUGAUUUCAGGGACCCCUCUUUGGACUUGAAACGCAAGGGAGUCCUUUCCGCCUCAAGCAGGUUUCACAAGCUGAUCUGGGGGAGCUUUGGCAAUGGGCUUCUGGAAGGCUCCGGGGUUAUUGCAGGCGGCGGGGACAAUGGCAUGCUUACUGUAUACAAUGUGACGCACAUCCUGUCUUCAGGGAAGGAGCCUGUGAUUGCCCAGAGACAGAAGCACACGGGGGCUGUCAGAGCCCUUGACUUUAAUCCUUUCCAGGGCAACCUCCUGGCCUCAGGGGCCAGUGAUUCUGAAAUCUUCAUUUGGGAUUUGAAUAACCUGAGUGUGCCUAUGACCCCAGGAUCCAAAUCACAGCAGCCCCCAGAAGACAUCAAGGCACUCUCCUGGAACCGGCAAGUGCAACACAUUCUGUCUUCUGCUCACCCCAGCGGCAAGGCUGUUGUUUGGGAUCUCAGGAAGAAUGAACCUAUCAUCAAAGUCAGUGACCACAGCCGCAGGAUGCACUGCUCAGACCUGGCCUGGCACCCGGACAUAGCCACCCAGUUGGUGCUGUGCUCAGAAGACGAUCUUCUCCCAGUGAUUCAGCUGUGGGACUUGCGCUUUGCCUCCUCCCCCUUGAAGGUGCUGGAGAGUCACAGCAGGGGCAUUUUGUCAGUGUCGUGGAGCCAGGCUGAUGCUGAACUGCUGCUCAGUUGUGCCAAGGACAACCAGAUCUUGUGCUGGAACCUGGGGAGCGGUGAGGUGGUGUAUAAGCUGCCCCCACUGAGCAACUGGUGCUUUGAUGUGCAGUGGUGCCCUCGGGACCCUCCAGUGUUCUCUGCUGCCUCCUUCGAUGGCUGCAUCAGUUUGUACUCUGUGAUGGGGAGGAGCUGGGAAGUUCAGCAGAUGAGACAGGCUGACAAGAUCUCUUCUUCUUUCAGCAAAGACUGGCCUCUCCCACCAUUGCAGGUGCCAGAGCAAGUGGCCCAAGCAUCACUGGUACCUUCUCUGAAAAAACCCCCCAAAUGGAUGAGAAGGCCAGCAGGCGUUUCAUUUGCUUUUGGGGGGAAGCUGGUUUCAUUUGGCAUCCCCAGCACCCCUACCCAUCAGGCGCCACAGCCUUGCCUCCGCCUAGUCUUUAUCAGUCAAGUCACCACGGAAUCUGAGUUCCUGAUGCGCUCCACUGAGCUGCAGGAGGCCCUGGGGUCAGGAAAUCUCCUGAAGUAUUGUGAGAACAAGAUCCAGCUUGCAUCAUUGCAAAGUGAAAAGAUGCUUUGGCAGUUCCUGAAGGUUUCCUUAGAGCAAGACUCCAGAACAAAGUUCCUGAAACUGCUGGGGUACAGUAAAGAUGAUCUUCAGAAGAAGGUGGCCACAUGGAUGAAGAGUGACAUGGGGCCUGCUGAGAGCCCUCAGCUCAAGGGAGAUGGCCUCCACCGGAACAGACAGCAGGCCUUCAGCAGCCAGGCCUCCAAACACACCACAGAGGAAGCCUCUGCCUCCUCAGCCUUCUUUGAUGAGCUGGUCCCUCAGAACAUGACUCCAUGGGAGAUCCCCGUCACAGAAGACGUGGACGGACUCCUGAGCCAGGCCCUCCUGCUCGGGCAGCUGGGCCCUGCUGUGGAGCUGUGUCUGAAGGAAGAGCGUUUUGCUGAUGCUAUCAUCCUGGCCCAGGCUGGGGGUGCAGAUCUGCUGAAGCGAACACAAGAGCGCUACCUGGCCAAGAAGAAAACCAAAGUCUCCUCGCUUCUAGCCUGUGUUGUGCAGAAGAAUUGGAAAGACAUGGUGUGUGCCUGUAGCUUGCAGAACUGGAAAGAGGCACUGGCCUUGCUACUGACAUACUCAGGACCAGACAACUUCCCUAAGCUCUGUGACAUGCUGGGUUCUCGCAUGGAGCAGGAGGGUGGCAGUGCACUAACCUCCGAAGCCAGACUCUGUUAUGUGUGCUCAGGGAGUGUAGAGCGGCUGGUGGAGUGCUGGGCAAAAUGCCACCAGGUUUCAUCCCCCGUGGCUCUACAGGACCUGAUGGAGAAGCUGAUGGUCCUUAACAGGAGCUUGGGGCUACUGCGGGGUGCUGAUGGGGUGAGCCCAGGUCCUGCCACAACCUACAGGAUCACUCAGUAUGCCAACUUACUGGCAGCCCAGGGCAGCCUUGCUGCUGCCAUGAGCUACCUACCCAGUGACUGUGCUCAGCCACCAAUUCAGCAGCUGAGAGAUCGACUUUUUCAUGCCCAGGAUUCUGGCAUCUUGGGCCAAGAGUCUCCCCCAUUCCCAUUCCCCCGGGUGGUUGUGGGAGCCACCCCCCACCAUAAAGAGACAGCAUCUUACAGAAUGGGAUUCCAACCUUCUCAACAGGUGGCAACUCCAUCUCCAGGACCAAGGAUUUUCACACCUCAGUCGUCACCAGUGAUGCCUUUGACAGCUGCCCAUUCGAGCCCUUACCUGGGCUGCAGGAUGCAGAAUAUAAGCGAUUACAGAGCGCCUGGGCUCCAGGCAGCCCAGCCUUUGUCCCUGGGUCCUGGAGUAAGGCCUGCUGUAUCUCAGCCACAGCAGUUGAGAGGGCAAAAGUCACAAGCUCUUAACCCUGUGGGAGUCCCUGGAUUGUGGCCUUUUCCUGGUCCCCUGACACCCACGGCACCCCUAGACAUCAUGCAGCCUGGCUCUACCUCCCUGUCUGCGAUGCCUCAGCUGCUCCCUGUGAGGCCACCGGGUCUCAGCCCUAUGAGCUCCCAGCCCCUCGCGGCUCCUGUCAGCUUCCCUGUGGCACACCCUCCGGGAGGACCAGGUGCUCCGUGCUCCGGUGCUCUCCCCGCCAUCGGCAUCUCGCCUCCUCAUCCAGGACCUCAAGAUUCCUUGAAAAAUGCCGCAGCUCCCAGGGGAAACCUUCAGAGGAAAAAGUUCCCAGAAACAUUUGUACCCCCAGCAGCCAUUACUGCUCCAGUUAUGAACCUCACCCCCGAGCCACGAGGGACCCUUUCCUCACAGCCCCCUGUCCCCGGUGUGGGUCAUGCUCCCCCUGGGGCUCCGGGAGAACUCAGCCUGCAGCGAUGUCAGCAACGACCACCUGAAAAGGUGGAAAAGAAGGAGCUGCCCCCGGAGCAUCAGUGUCUGAAGACCAGCUUCGAGGCACUUCUGCAGCGCUGCUCCUUGUGUGCCACGGACUUAAAGACAAAACGGAAGCUAGAUGAGGCAGCCCAACGUCUAGAAUGUUUAUACGAGAAACUUUGCGAAGGGACACUCUCGCCUCCUGUCCUGGCUGGGCUCCACGAGGUGGCCCGCUGUGUGAACGCGGGGAGCUUUGAGCAGGGCCUGGCGGUGCACACCCAGGUGGUGGGGUGCAGCAGCUUCAGCGAGGUCUCCGGCUUCAUGCCUGUCCUGAAGGCUGUCCUCACCAUUGCUCUGAAGCUGCACAUCUAACCUAAGCAGCAUCUGAUGGAAGCCACUUCUGCUGUUACCCAACAACUCCCUGCAGAAAAGGGGAAUUUUGGAACAGAUUCAGUUUGUUUUCCCGACCCCCUUCCCUUGCUGUCAGAUAUGUGAUGCUCUAGGCGUGGCUCCAAACCUGCUGAGUGCCUGCUUCGUGCCCCUUGUGCCUGGCCUUCUAGGACCUGCCCAGGGCUCUGUCCACCCUGGAAGCAGUGUUUAGAGCCAGCUCCUCACUUGCCUCCUGCCACACUCCCAGAGGCCUGGGACAGAGUGUCUUCUCCUCCAGGGCAUUGUGGUUAAAUGGCUCCUGAGGAGGUGAGCAGGGUUGUUACUUCUCAGUCUACCUCUGCUGUACCCAUCUGUGGGUCUUUUGUUUUUCCCCUUCUGUGGAUGAGGAGCCUGACCUGGCCUUCCCCUUGCAUCUGACUUCAUAUUUUCAGGUACUUAUUUCUCUGAACCCUGGAGCCUGGGGUAGAAUUGACUGUUGCUCACUCUUGGAAGAAGUCAUGGACUUGAAAGAUGGGUUCUGAGCAGAACCAAGAGAAGAAAGUUUGGUCCUUUUGAAAACCUGCCAGCAUUAUCCAGGGUGGGCUAGGUUAGUUGGAAGGUGGGGGGUAUGUACUGCCAUUUGCUGGGGGCUGUCUUGGGCUAUGAGAAAGGAGCAGAGGAGCCAAUGCCCAGGGGGAAUAACCCUGGCCCAAGGCCCUAGAUUAUUCAUUCUGUGAUAAUAAGUCCAGUUCUGGAAAGGGGCCAUGUUAGCAAAAUAUUCUUCUAGCACUGAUCCUAUAAGGUUGGAGGCCCUUCUCCCCUCUCAGCCCCCACGUGUCUCAGGGCUGCCUUCUCUGGCUGUACUUUCACGGUUGGAUUCUGCAUUUGAUGCACUGAUGUGUUUAAUGUGCAAUAAAGUUGUGUUGAUUUG